UUUCCUCUUCAGAAAACAACAAUGAUGGAUCCUCAAGCUUUGUUGUGUUUCACUUUCAUCUACAUUGUCUUCGCCGGCGCCGGAGCUCAGUCCCCUUCCACUCCUCCCACCGCCACUCCUCCGCCUGUUUCAUCUCCCCCUCCAGCCACUCCUCCGCCUGUUUCAUCUCCCCCUCCAGCCACUCCCCCUCCUGUCUCACCUCCUCCUCCGGCAUCUCCUCCUCCAGCUACUCCGCCUCCAGCAACCCCACCACCUGCGCCGUUGGCAUCCCCACCAGCAGCAGUCCCGGCUCCUGCACCCAGUAAGAAGAAGUCAAAGGCAGCUUCAUCACCAUCGCCACUGUCGAGUCCACCCGCACCAUCAGCUGAGGCCCCAGUACCCACCAGCUCCGAUUCUCCCACCCCAUCUCAAAACGACAAUAGCGGAGCAGUGGAGACGAUGGUGGGGAGGAUGGUGAUGCUUGGAAUGGGAUAUGUAUUUAUGAUGGUGUUAGGGUGAGGAGUGGACAUUGUUGAUAUGUGUUUUGGUUGUGCAGAGCCCCCAUUUUUGGUGUCUGUGUUCCCUUGGGCUGCUCUAUAUUUCAUUUCAUUUUUACUAUUAUUUGCCCCUUUCUUUUGUUUGGGACUUUAUUUUCUUUUAA